AUGGCAGUCGAGGCAGUUGUAGAAGAGCUCGCAAGAGCUGAUGAAUUAUCUAAAAAGUCGCCAAAAGAAGCAGUGCCUUUACUCGAAGGAAUAUUCAACAAGACAAGAGGAGGAGAUUCAGACGGCGUCAAGCAUGCCGAAACCGCCAUAUUAAAGCUGGGCGAAUUGUACAAGAAAUUAGAGAGAGCAACUGAAUUGGCUACCUUGAUUCGAUCGUCAAAACCAUUCUUCUUGGCCAUACCAAAGGCUAAAACUGCCAAAAUUGUUCGAACACUCAUUGACUUGUUUGGAGACAUUCCAGGAGCACUAUCGCUCCAAGUCCAAGUCUGUAAAGAGUUGAUUGACUGGUCUAUACAAGAAAAGAGAACAUUCUUGAGACAGGCUCUAGAAACCAGAUUGGUGGCAUUAUACCUCGACAACAAGAUGUACUCGGACUCUUUACAACUCAUUGGAUCUCUUCUCAAGGAAUUGAAGCGAUUGGAUGACAAGAACGUAUUGAUGGAAGUACAAUUAUUGGAAAGUCGCGUUUAUCAUGCUCUGAGAAACGUGCCAAAGUCACGAGCUGCAUUGACUUCAGCAAGAACAUCAGCCAAUUCAAUCUACUGCCCACCUCUGAUGCAAGCUCAAUUGGACAUGCAAUCUGGUAUCCUCCAUGCCGAAGAAAAGGAUUACAAGACUGCAUAUUCCUACUUUUACGAAACUCUCGAGUCUUUUUCGUCACAAGAUGAUAAGAGAGCUGUAUUGGCACUCAAGUAUAUGCUGUUGUGUAAAAUCAUGCUCAACUUGACGGAUGAUGUACACAACAUCAUCAAUGGAAAGCUCGCUCUCAAACAUGCAGGGCCUGAAGUUGAAGCCAUGAAAGCGGUAGCCAAAGCACACCAAAGUCGUUCUCUUCAAGAUUUUGAACGCGCUUUACGAGACUUCCAAGAUGAAUUGCAAAAUGAUCCGAUCAUCAAGACCCAUUUGUCUGCACUAUAUGAUACUCUAUACGAACAGAAUCUUUUGAGAGUCAUUGAGCCCUUCUCAAGGGUUGAAAUUGCUCAUGUGGCCAGUCUGGUCAAAUUGCCAACACGAGAUGUCGAGUCCAGAUUGUCACAAAUGAUUCUGGACAAGGUGUUUAAUGGUAUUUUGGAUCAAGGUGCUGGAUGUUUGCUCAUUUUUGAGCCUCCUUCAGCUGAUAAAACUUAUGAGGCUGCUUUGGAUACUGUCAAACAUAUGGGUCAUGUCGUGGACUCUUUGUACGACAAGGCGUCACAGCUCUCGUGA